UACUAAACAUGUGAUUGUGAUUUGGUUUGCGUUUAAUAACUCAGCUGGACGAAAAGAAUUAGCAUAAAUUUCCUUAAAUGAAUAAGACAACUAUGACGUUUGCGAAUGGGUAUUUGUUAAGUGCACGUUCGAUAGCGAUACACUUUCACCCCGCGAGGUCGGUCCGACCGGCGCGGACCGUCGCGAUCAAUCGCAGCCUUGCCGCCGUCCGUUACGCCAGUGUGUCCUCGACAUCACCGAGUAAAAGGAAAAUGGCUGAUAAACUUAAUCAAGAGGAGCGCACAACUGAGCUCAAACCUCUACUGGAAUCUGGUUGGAAAAUUCAAAGCAACAGAGACGCCAUAGAAAAGGAAUUUCAGUUCAAAAAUUUUAAUGAAGCUUUUGGAUUCAUGACGAGGGUCGCGCUGCUAGCUGAGAAAAUGGAUCAUCAUCCUGAGUGGUUCAAUGUAUACAACAAGUUGCAAGUGACACUUUCUUCACAUGACGUAAAUGGAUUGAGCAAAAGGGAUAUCAAAAUGGCCAGUUUUAUGGAUAAAAAUUAUAAUUAAACAUUUUUUUUUUGGUAUACAAUGGUGUGAUAAUAUUUAUUAAAGAGAUAAACAUGUGAUUUGGAUAAAAGCGUUGUUGUAAUGUUUAAAAAAUUAAUAAAAAUGUUUUCUUUAUGCAGAUUA